ACAUUAAUCAACCUAACCAACAACAAAUUUGUGCAAUAUUUCCACUUGUCCGUAAAACCUUUGGCACUCCAUAUUAUAAACAUGCCAACAAAUGAGACUAAAAAACAACAACAAACCGACUAAAUUAAUAUGUCGAGGCUGUAAAAACAAAAAAAGGGCACACAAUUCUUUUAUUGUUUGACAAUUCCAUCAAAUGUUAAUGGACAUUUGGCGCAAAAUGCGCCACCAUAACAGCUUACAAGCAGCAGCAACAAACACAAAAGAGAAAUGCAACACUUGUUGGUAGAAAAAAUUACUACAAAAUACUACCACUCCAACAACAACAACAGUAAUACGGCGCUGUAGAUCCGCCACAAAACGCAUAGCAGACCACCACAAACAACAACAACUAAUAGGCGCGCCUACUCCACUCUAAGUAAGCAGAGUACAGUAAUGUAAGGCGCCCAGCUACAGGGUUGGGGUUGUUUCGGCUUUGGUAAGGGUUGCUGUGCUGCCACUUGCCACGCGUGUGAGUGAGGGUGGCCAUUGGCGAAUUCUUUGCUCCAUUUUGCUGUGCGCCUAACACAAGACGCUGUGCGGCGCGCGCGCGCGCUUUCACACAAAUCAAGCUCGCAUAGCACGCACUCACUCCCUCCCACUUUCUUUCCUCGUCACUAGAAUAAUAAAGAAAUGUCCUGCUAACAUUUAAGGGGGGCGACACAUAAUAAGCGCGCGUUUGAGUGAGUGUCCGCACGAAGAAUUGCGCGUGUGAGCGCGCGAGGAUGAAGAAAACGAAAGGAAAAAAAAAAAACAUAAAAAUGACCAAACGGCCCAACUGACGACGAUGACGAGAACAACAUAGACGAGUGGUCAGUCGCUAGGUGGCGAGCGUGUAAAAAAAGCGCGAAAGCAAGCUUUUGGUCAUCGUCGCAUUGGGCGCCGAAGAUUCGUUUUUAUCAAUUCCAAUUCGGUUGCGCGCUCACUAGCUCGCUCGCUCGCAUGUCCCCAUGUGGUUCGUCGCUAUGUACAUAUGUACCUAUGUACGCUGAGUAAUAUUGCAAGCAGGCAGGUUUGAUGUGGUUUGCUUGGCUGGAUGGAUGGAUGGAUGGAUGGACGGUUGGACAACUGACAGACCAAUGUUGUUGACAUGAGAUACUGUGUGCCGUGUUGUUGUUGUUGUUGUCUUUGUUAGGCAGUAAUGACCAACACAUAACAUUUUUCUAGCGCUUUUAUGCGCGCGCCUGCACUAUUAGUUUCUCUAGGUGUGUGUGUGUGUGUGUGCGCGCUGCAUGCAUUCACUCACUCACUCGCCUCGCGCUCGCUCUCACACGCGCUCUGCCGACGUCGCCGCGCAUAGCGCAUCACAGCGCCCUAGCCGCAGCGCCACUACCAUUACCAUAUUCUAUUCGAUUCUAUUCUAUGCGGUGUUAGGCGCAAUGAGUUUGUGUCUGUUGGUCGACACUGGCAUUGUGUGACAGCCAGCAAUUGCAGAACCUUGGUGCACGUAGUCGCAAACGCACGCUACUGGCGCACCAUCACGGACGUACGACGCGGAUGAAUUGCAACGCACGGCAAGCCGACUGACUACGUCAUCUAUCAGUAUCAAUAUCAAUUUACUAACAACAAAAUAAGAAUAUGCGGCAUGAGCACACACAACGUCAUAACAACUAAAUGAAAAUUGCAAAAAAUAAAGAAAUCUUAAAAAGAAACUGAGCAAGUGGCAGCUAAAAAAGCUAACGUUGAAUAAAAAAAAAUUUGAUGUGCAUAAAAAGUGAAAAUUAAGCAGAAAUUUACAAAAAAAAUCGAGAGAAAUUGUGUAUUAACUCAAAUAAACUGUUUCGGUGAACCAAAAAAAAAAACAAAAAUAAAAAUAUUAAAAAUAACUAAAUAUUGUGAAAUUUCAGAAAACUGCAAAAAAAAUUAAAGUGUACCAAAAAAAAAAAUAUUUAAAAAACAGUUUUGGCAAAAAUUAUAAAAAAAUCGUUGAAAAAAAUUUAAGUGCUGAGAAAAAAGUGAAAAAAAUCACCAAAAAAUAUUGCACUGCUGUUGAAAUACGCUAGCAAAGGACAAAACAAAAAAACAACAACAAACAAGCAGAUAAUUAAUAAAGCAAUAAUAAUCUGCUAGACGCUCGGACUUUACUGAUUGAUUGAGUGUUGUGAUUGGUUGGAAAAUAAUUUACGUUGAAAGCAAAAAAUGCACAAUUCGCUGCUUUUUUCCAUAAUUCCGUAAGACAAAAAACACGCUGUGAAUAAAAACAACAACAAAAAUAUAAAAUACACACACAAAAAGCACAGACUUGAGACACCAAAAACAGUUGGUACAACAAAUAUUUAGAGACGAAAAAAAAUUACCAAAAAAAAUUACAACACAAAAUUGUUUACAAUAAAUUACAACAACAAAUAAUAAUUUAAAAAUACUAAAACUCACAUUUUUGUUGGUGGCGGCUUAUGCAAAAAAAAAACAGUUGAUGAAAAGUGAAAAAAUAAUCAAAAUACGUUACAACAACAACUCAGACUUCUCAACCAAAAAAAAAAGUUUAAAUAAUUUACACUUGUUUACUGCCGAAAAAAACUGCAAGUUUGACACGUCGAAACACCGGAAAAUAUUGUAAAACAUUUAACGCGUUUAUUUUUCGCCCAAAAAAAAAGUUUACAAAACAACAAAAGCAACAAAAAUUGACAUUAACGCGCUGCAGCGGCUCGGCGUAGACGAAGAAAGUCGCCGAAAUAAGCAACAAAUUGCAUUUGUUUUUGUUAUUGUUGUUGCUACACAUAUGCUUUUUGUCAAACAGUGAAGAAAUAAGUGCAUUUUAUUGCCGCCAAAGUUGCCACCUAAAAUUCGUUUAUAUUAUUUAAUAUUUACAACCGCACCGCUUCAUUAAACAAAAAAAAAAAUAUUUACAACAACAACAAAUUGCAAAUAUUCACAAAAAUAUUAAAUAAAUUUCAUUUUCAACAAAAACAGAAAAAAAAACAUUUAAAAUCUGUUUCACGCUUAUAAUAGAUUUCCGAAAUUAGCUAACUGUUUUUCGGUCUCACAGGCAUGCACUCAUAUGUGUUUGUGUGUUUAUGCAUCACUCUGUGUGCGCGUGUGUGACAAAGUUACGUACCGUUUAAUUUUACAAAUGGAUUACAUCUGCGCUUCACAAACUGGAUGGUAUACAGCAGCUUUGAGAGUCAAAAGUGGCAUUAUUGCAACAACAACAACAACAACAACAACCAUAAUAAAACCAAAAGCAGUGAAAGCAAUUAAUAUAAUAAACACAGCUGAUACUGCGAGCGGAUUAAAAAAGAAAUUCAACAGCAAUUUGGCAGGAAACGUGCGCGCAUUGAAUUGCUUUUAAAUAUUUCUACUUUAUGUGAAAGUUCAUAAUAAACCCCGAACAAAAUCAAAAUUCCAAAUUUAAACUCAACGUCUAAACAUUCACAAAGUGAAACACCACACAAUACAAAAAUAAGCAACCAUACAGCUUUCGGUAAGAACAUAAACAACUUUGGCCUCUUCCCUUCUUCACAACAUACACGAUAUACAACUGCGGAAAAUUAAACCGGUUAACCGUUAUAACAAAUAAAAAAUAAUAAUAAAAUAUUUAAACAAACUCUAAACGGACUUAAGUACAUUUAGCGCAAAAAAGUGGCUAUGAAAAAAUUUAACUUCUCGGCAUUAACCAAAAAAAGUAUAUUAAACCAAAGUGAAAGCGCGAUUUAUUAGUGUUGGCAAACCAAAUAUAAAAAAAAUCAGCAAAUUUAAAGUGAAAAUUCCGCUCAGUUACAGAUUUUUGGCAAAAAAUAUUUUUUUGUAAAAGCUGUUUUCGAAGUGAAAGCUUAUUUGAAGUGAAAGCUCUUUUGAAGUGAAAGCUUUUUUGAAGUGAAAGCUUUUUUGAAGUGAAAGCUUUUUUGAAGUGAAAGCUUAACUGAAGUGAAAGCUUAAUUGAAGUGAAAGCUUACCUGAAAUAAAAGUUCUUACAAGUAAAACUGAAAAAGUGAAAGCUUAUCUAAGCUCAUUUCAUAUUACAUGUUUAUUGUAAAAAAAGUGAACGUGGAAUUCGAAAUCAAAGCAAAUUUUCGAAACAAUAAUACAUACAAAAGCUUUCUGCAAUCGAAAGCUCAUUCCGCUAUAGAGUUGUAUGCAAUUUGAAAACCAUAUGCUCUACUUGCUCUCUCUCUCACACUCUAAUUUAUAUGUCACAUACAGUUUCCUGCUGCGAUUUUCGUUUCUUUUUUCCCACAAAUUGUGAAUUUAUGAAAGCUCGUGCUUUAAUUUUUGUGCAUAUGAAAAGCAUUAAAAAUCAAAACUAAUUUCAAAUACAACAGUUAUUAUUUUCAACAACCAAAAAAGUGUAAACAACAGGUGUGUUCUCUAAAAAAAACAACAACAACAAAAUUUCGUGCAACAAGUCAUUUGUCUUGUGUAAAAUAGAAAUAUAUAUAAAAUAACGGUACAGAACAUAAAUCAUAACAUAACAGCAAUAACAACGGUAAAGCAUAACGGUUACAUCUUACACUGAUAUCGACAACAAAAGCAACACAGCAACAACAACAAAAAAAACCGGCAACACGGCCAAGCAAAAUUUUUAUCUUAUGGAUUGCUGGACGGGUAACGCCCGACUGGCGAGUGUUUUAGUUUAAGCAGCGUAAGCUGUCACCGACAUGGGCAGUGAGCACUACUGCUUGAGGUGGAACAAUCAUCAAUCCAACCUGUUAGGGGUGUUUAGUCAAUUAUUACAGGACGAGAGUCUGGUGGACGUCACAUUAGCUUGUUCAGAGGGCGCCCUCAUCAAAGCCCAUAAGGUGGUCCUCUCGGCCUGUUCUUCGUAUUUCCAGAGCCUUUUUCUGGACCACCCCGAAAAACAUCCAAUUGUGAUAUUGAAGGACGUCCGCUUAGCCGAACUGAAAACAUUAGUCGAAUUCAUGUACAAGGGCGAAGUUAACGUGCAAUAUUGUCAGUUGUCGGCUUUGCUCAAAACGGCCGAGUCGUUAAAAGUUAAGGGCUUAGCAGAGAUGACCAAUCAGAAUACAACACUCAGAGAGCCAGAACGUGAACCGGAUCGCUUGAGACCGCAUUCGCAACCUAUCAAAAGCACUUGUGACAGUCCCGUCGAUACAGCGUUAGCGAGCGGGUCCACUACAUCAACGUUAGCCGCCACCUCAGCCGCAAACUUAGCCACAUCAGCCGCUUCGUCGCCAGUCGCCGUCGCAGGCACAGCCUCAACAAACGCCAACGCGGUUGCCGCGACAACAGCGCCAGCUAGUACGACGCCAGUCAGCAGCACAGCGGCUGCAGUUGUUGCAGCAGCUGCCGCAGCCGUUGUAGCGGCCACACAGCAACAACAACAACAACAAGCUGCCACAGCGUCUGCCUCCACAUCAACGACGUCUACGUCCAGCACAAACGCCGGCACAGCCGGUACCGCAACCACGGCGUCUACAGCGCAACGCAAACGUGACGCUAGCGGUGAACGCGACGGCGGCGGCCCCGGUAGUCCGUCGUUAGCGCCACCAACAAAGCGUCAACCAAUGUCACCGGAACGCGACUCCUCACCGCUGCCACUUGAUCUCUACCAGGGGCGCGGUGUGGGCGAAGCCGUCACACUUGGCCGGACAUGUGGUGCGCGCGCCAGCAGCGAAGAAUGCGAUGCGACGGCGCAAGCCAUUAGCAAAAAUAACAACAAUAACAGUAGCAACAAGAACACGACAAGCAGCGGCGCGGGUACGCAGUCGACGCAUCACAAUAACGGUAACGGCGAUAACAAGACGUCCAGACAUCACGAUGACUCGGACGAUGAAGAUGACGAUGAACCGCAACACGACAUUGUCGCACUCGAUUCACCACCCGCACGACCCGGUUCGUGCAGCGUGCUGGACGCGGUGGAGAAAAUCGAAGAGCCCGAUAGCUACGAUGAAGAAAUGGAUCUAGACGACGAUGUUGAGGAUAAUAGCUCGAACGAUGCGAUGCAUGGUUUGAAUAUGAAAAUCGGCGCAGCCAUAAGCCACAAUGCGGCUGCGCUGGCGCUACCCUCACCGCUGGGCGGCGGCAGUGGUGGUGGUGGCGGCGAUCCCGAGUCAGCGCGCUCAACGCCCGCUGCUGCAACCAGCUCCACGUCAUGCGGCGGACUCAUACUCGCCUCGGAUCUCACACACCAGCAACAGCGUGCGACCUCGCGCAGUCCACGCGAUGCGGCGAGUCUUGAGCGACCCGGCAGUAGUGGCGUUUGCGGUUUGCCCUCGACCUCGGCGUUGGCGGGCAUGAGCCCCAGCUCGUCGGCGGCGGCAGCAGCUGCUGCGGCCGGCAGUGAUUCGCUGGCCGGCACGUCCAGUCUGGGGCCGGUGCAGUCGGUGCCGCUGUCACUCAAGAAGGAGAUCGACUGCAGCGAGGAUGACAACAGCAACAGCCGUCAUAUGCAUCAGCCGCGUUCAGCAUCGGCGGGCGGUGGUUUAGGCGGAGAUUUGGAUUAUCGCCUAGCCACACAUGAGUCGCUCUUUCGCCACUUCAGUUUUCCGUUCGCAGCUAUGGGUAGCAGCAGUGGCGCCACUGUGGCAGCCGGCCCUUGUCCAGCACCGUUACCCUUUCCAUUCACACCAUUCGGUUGGUUCGACAUUGCUCCGUCCAGAAUUUUGGAUAUGCUGCGACAUCAGACUUUGCUGGCCGAAGAAGCUUUAAGCAGAAAUCAUAAUUUAAUGAACGCGCCGAAGGACUUGGCCCACCGUAUCAAUCUCGUUGAUUUUUAUCAGAAUCAUUCGCAUGCCAACACUGCCGAUUUGCUUGCUGGCGUAACAGUACCCAAUAAUAGGGCGAGUACUGUUAGUCCAGUUAAGCAGACAACAACAUUACCACAACAACAACAACAUAAGCAAGCCGAUCGCAAUGCAAUAGUGCAACAGCAGCAGCAACCACAACAGUACAAAACGCAACUACACCACCAACAACCACAGCAACAACAACCAUUCAAUGUACGCUAUCCCUCACCAGCUGCAUUCUUUCAUCAUCAACAGCAGCAGCAACAACAACAACAUCUUAAGCAAAUGUCCAGCCGUCAAGGCACACCAUCACCUCACGCCACCGCCACCUCAACCCAAACGAAAGCCGAUAAUACCGCAUCCAUAACGACGCGCACAUCGGCAAUUGAGGACGAUGAUGCUGUCAUCGAACUCACGACCGCACACGAUGAAGCACGCGACAGUGGCCGUGAGAGCGCUGCGCACACCCCAAAUAACAGUAGUGCCGGCACCUCGAGCGGACUCGGCACUUCAGCCAGCGCUACCAGCAGCGGCGCACUUAGCAGCGCCUGCUCACCACUACUCUAUAAAGAAUCACUCGAACAAAUAUUGCAACGUCGUCGCUCCGGCUCCUCGCUGGGUGGCGUCAGUGACAGUUUACGUUCGUACACACAGCUGUUGCUCUCCUCGAGCACACCCGGUUGCACCGACACAUCUAGCUGCAAGGAGAAAAGCUCCUCAUCUUCUACCUCAUCAACACCACCACCCACCUCAGCGCUGCUGGCGCAACACCAAUUGCUCACGCAACGGUUGAACAGUCCAUCGGAGACAUCGUCGCUAUUCGGUGAGCCACCGAUCGAAGAGGAGACCCGUUGUGUCGUCUGCAAUGCACACUUUCCGAAUGUGUGGCUGCUGGAACAGCAUGCCGCACUCCAGCAUCCACACAUCGGACCGGGCGAGGAGAAACCGUUCAUUUGUGAGCAAUGCGGUCAAUCGUAUCGUUAUCGUUCCGCUUAUGCGAAGCAUAAGGAGCAGAAUCAUCGCGCUCGCUUGCCGGCCGACAAGCUCUUUACGUGCGACGUCUGCGGCAUGCAAUUCCGUUAUCUGAAAUCGUUUAAGAAGCAUCGCCUCAAUCACGCGCUAGAGCGCUUGCACGGCAAGAAGAGCGUGAUUGGCAAGCAUCCAAUGCAUCAUAUGCUGGGCGAACAGGAUGUGGUGACCAGUUCACAGGAGCCGAUGUUGCCCGAUGAGGGUGGUGAGGAUUUGCGCAUUAAUGUCAAGCGUGAACAAGACGAUGAUGAGCGUGAGCGACGUGAGCGCGACGAUCAGGAUUGUACCAUUGAUUCGGCUGGUAUGAUUAUUUGCAAUGACAACAACAAUGGAGCAGCUUUAGCUACGACCAGUGUGGCCGAGGCUAGCAUCAGCAGUUCAGAUGGAAUUCAUAGUACAAAUAAGGGGCCACGCCUUCUUACAACUCCACAAAUGGAAACGGAUCCCUCCUAUCAUCAUUUGCAACGCCAUCCACAACAUCCACAUUCACAUCACCAUCAACAGCAAGCACCACAACAACCGUUGCCACCACACUUGCAUAGCGGUGUUGCUGGCACAUCACUGCCACCACAUCAACAUCCACAUCCGCAUGCGGCUCUACCGCAUUCGCAUCAUCCACAUGCGCAUGCGCAUCAUGCCGCUGCAUCAACAUUGAACUCGUUGAACUCACUGAACUCAAUUACGUCGUUGAUCAAUGCCGAACGCAUACCGAACGAACAAUUCCUGGGCCUUAAUCCGCAAGAGGCUUCAAUACUCAAUUUUUUGCGUGUCGACGCAGCCGAACGUCAACGGGACAAACGCCCACAAACCUCACGUUUUGCCUGCCCCUUCUGCGGCAAGUGCGUACGCUCCAAGGAGAACCUCAAGUUGCAUGUACGCAAACACACCGGCGAACGACCAUUUGUGUGCCUCUUCUGUGGACGCGCCUUCGGUGGAAAAUCGGACCUCACACGCCAUCUGCGCAUACACACCGGCGAACGGCCGUACCACUGCGAAUCGUGUGGCAAGUGUUUUGCACGCGCCGACUACCUGUCGAAGCAUCUAACCACACACAUACACAAUGCACCACGCUGAGAUGAGGUGCGAAGGAGACAACGACUCCUUCGCAGAUAAUAGAAUGAACAGCCGACGGAGCUUUGGUCGGAGCGUUGUUGGUGGCGUUGGUGGUGCGACUUCGUGGCAGUCAAUGCGGCGGCGACGGAGAACAGCGAGGAGCAGAAUGCGGAAACAAGUGUGGAAAACGACAACCUCAACAACAACAAUGUGCAACGUUAAUUAAGUAUGGUUGAAAAUGUGUUGCUAAAUAUAACGGUAAAAAAAUAGUUAUUAAAGGGUUUAUAGGUCAUAAUAUAAGAUACACAGCAGUGCGCAAUGUGGAAAUUAACGAUAAAUUCGAAAAUGUUCGUAGAACCAUGCAUGUAAAUAUGCGGCACUGGUAUGCCGUUAAUAACAACCAUAACAAGUUGUGUGAACAGUUAGUUUUUUUUAAUUUAAUUUCUACAUUUUAACUCGCCCAAGGUGUUUUGCAAUUUUAAUUUUAGAAAAUAAUUUCAGGUUAAAAAUGAUUUUACAAGUUGAAAGUGCUGCCAAGCAGAAUUUCAGCUAAUAGAGAAGCACCAACGCGGGUAUUAGCUAUUACGUAUGGAAGUUAAAAAAAUAUUUUUUUUUAUCAGAGUUAGUUUUAACAUUUAAUUAAGUGUCUUAAUUGCACCCUAGGUGACAAGUUUACUUUUUAUAUUAAUUUCUAUUUUUAAUAUUGAAAAGAGCCUUUUGUUUCUGAACUUAGUUUUUGUACAGAAAUACUCACUUCAUUGAAAGAGAGGAGAACUACCAUGUUAUUCGUAAAGCAAACAGACCAACCUUAGUUGAAAUAAGAACGUUGAAAUAUAGUUAGAAUACUAUUUGCUAUGCUUAAAGAGACUUUAAUUAUUUCUGUAGAGGAAUUUAUAUACCUCUUCCAAGAUUUAUUUAAUUGUUUAUUUUGAAGUCAAGAAAACAGUUUCUAAAACUUAACUGUCCACAGAAUCCUUAAAAGCUUUGUAAGCUACAUAUAUGAAGAUUAUAAAGCUUAUUUUAAGUCCAAAGAUAUCACUUUCGUACAACUUCUCUCAAAUGUCCAUCACUGCCGAGAAUUCUCUUUUAUAAUUUUUUGUACUUUUUCGCAUAUUUUUUACAAGUGUAAUGUUAGGGUUCCAAUUAAUUAAACCGUAAUCAUUGUUUAUCUAAUGUGCUCAUAUCAUUAACGUAACCACAGGAACCUUUUAUUAACUUCAACAACAAGUUUCUUUAGUUCAACAAAUGCCAAACAUUUUAGUGUAUUCGAGAUAGUUUUUCGUUGGUUAAACAAUAUUGUUUCAUUAACCUUACAUGAUAACUUUUUUGAGAUUUGGUCUAACAGACGGUAAAGUAUGGAGCACUACGUUUUCAUAUCACAACCUGCACUAUAGGUUUGGGUUAUAUUAUCAAUACUAGAGCCGUCGUUACAAAACUUAAGAUCUCGAUUUCUAACAUGGAGAUCGAGUGGAACUCAUAAGUCCAGCCAGAAGCUUCGAUUUGGUUGAGUUUUAGUAAAGAUUUUAGGAUUUCACAAUCAGUGGGAUAUAGCAUAGCACAAGAUCACUUUUCGUAUUAUAACAUCUGUAUAAGAAACAAUCUCGAGACAUCAUGAGAUCACUUUAAAACAUCGAAUAAACAGUUUACCACCUUUUGUGUUCAUUUUGCGAACUGUUUGAACACUUAACUAUAUUACAAUUCUCAGUUGAUAAAGAGUAGUACCCACAAGACAGUAAUACCCUCUCUUUCAAUUAAAGUGUGUAUAUUUCAAGAGGCAACAACAACCUUUUAAUUUAAUAUAGAUUAUAGAAUAUAACAUAUACAUAAAUAUUUUGGUGCUGGCUACUUCUCAAAGAGAGCAGUUAUUUAGAAAGCGUUUGAGGAAAAGAAGAAAGCGGACGUGUGUGUGAAUAUGAAGGCAAAGAGACGUUACUAAGCCAAACAGAGGUUUUUUUUAUUCAAAUACAUAUUAUUUACAUUUAUACAAUAUGUUUAAGCCUCAUUUAAUUAAGUUUAAAUGAAUUAUAGUUUUUUUUUUCGCUAAGAAAUAGCAAAUAAAAGCAUCACAGGCAAUAGUGGUUAUAGUUAAGUUAGUGUGAGAACUAGAACAGAUGACGGUGAGCAAUGAGGCAAAUCUGCAGAAAAAUUUACACAGCUGAAGAACAUACAACAAAACCAAACAACCAAAAAAAAACAAAAAACACAGAAGGUAAUGCAAGAACUUAGCAUAAUUGAAAUACAAAUAUUUCUUGUAAAAUAUUAAAAAACAAAAAAAAACAUACGAAACAUGUGAGAGCAUAAAGAGAGAACACAACAAAACAAACUUACAAACAAACAAA